AUUUACGCGAGUUGGGGAAGGCUUCAGUUGGUAGGUUCCUUACCACGCCUUAACACAUCUCUCCAACCACACUCCCACCAAUGGCAGACCAAAACAAUGGGCAGAGAGCCGAAGGCAAAUUUUGCAGAAUCAUCGCUCGAUGUCAGGAGUAGCUAACUCGACUUUUUUGCAUCAAUCAAUUGAACCGUAUUUCCCACCAGCCUUUGCCUGGCUUCCUCUUCCGUCCCAUUCCAGAUUGCACGCGCUCUCUACAAAGAAGACCACGACUGGCGACAGCUUUGUCAAAGACGAAGCCUUUCCAUAACCACUCAUUGUAACGCAGGAAGUCGAGACAAGUCAUCAACGCCGGUUUCGGUCAAGCCGCUAGCGACAACAACAUGGCGCGUCUGCCUUUCGAGUGCAGGGAAUCGCAACCAAAACCUGUGUUGCCUAUUGCCUCCGGGUCCGGGGACGACGACGAUGACGACGCUCUCUCUUUAUUCCGACACUCGAAGCAGGUUUUCCCCAAAGUUAUUCGCGAAGCAGAAGAAGAAAGCCGCGAUAGAAGCAACGAAAGGAAGCGCAAAAGCUCGCUGUCGGAAGAAGAGGGGAAUGAAAGAGUUCGGAGGAGGAGAACCUCUUCCCCGGGGCUGUCCUCAAGUCCGCCCAAGCAAAUGGCAGGCCUGGCUGAUUCGGAUGACGAUGACGACGACCUCAUCAUGGACGUCAAAGGCAAAGGGAAAGAAGUUGUGAGGCCGACCAAGAUAGUCACUCCCGUCAAGCCGCGCCACGCAGCGGUGUCAGCAACUCCUGUUGUAAUGAUUGACGACAGCGAUAGUGAUGACGCCCUGGACAAGAAGCCGGUCAAAGCUGACCUGGACAGCGACGAUGAUUCUGAUAUCCAGGAAUUCAGUCCCUUCGAGAAACAAGAGUCGCCCGACAGCCACGACGACGAGCUGCAAGAAAUGAUACGCAAGCAGCGAGAGAAGCUCGGAAGGGUCAAGGAAGAUCUCGUGGUGCAUAUCUAUGUCGAUUCUCCCAUUCCGAACAUGAAGCCGAUUCUAGUCCGGCGAAAGGCAAAGCAAGACAUGGCACCCAUCAUACCUACCUGGAUCGCAAAACAACGGGAAAUAGGCCUGGACAUUUCCAGCGAAGAACUCAACCUUUUUGUGACCUGGAAGAACAACAAGAUCUACACUCCGAACAGCGUUGCUUCGCUCAAUCUCGACAUAGACGAGGAUGGCAAUAUCGUCUUUGGUGACGGGGAGGGCUACCGUAUGUUGAGACAGGGUCCAGCGCUCCAUAUGCAAGUUUGGGAUGAGGAUAAUUACAAGGACUUCCAGCAGUGGAAAGACAAAGAAAGAUCAGUCAGAUACGGUCUAGUUGAUUUGACCGAGGCAGAUGAUGCGGAACCUGUUCCCGAGGAGCCAAAGAAGAAGGGGAUCAAAGUGGUCCUCAAGGCCAAGGAUCUCGAACCGCUCAAACUGUCCGUGCAAGAGGAUACCACGGUGGGGACCAUGAUUGAGGCGUUCCGUCAGAAACGAGCAGUUGGUGACGCGUGGCAGGUUUCGAUAUGGCUUGAGGGAGAUGAGCUGGAGGAGGAUGCUUUAGUGAAGGAUACUGACAUUGAUCCCGAUGAGCCGAACCAGUUUGAGGUUCAUAUGAAGUAGAGGCGUACUGAUAAAUAACUUGGAAGCUUGCAGCACGUCAUCCGACAAUAGUCUGCUAGCGAGCAAAUAGAUACCCGUAUAUCUCUUUAAAUAUGACAUUUCACAUGAA